UUUGGCAGAAGUCUUCCUCUUUCUAAAAUAAAAGAGGUUCUGCGACAGUAUUCCAUACCACGGUAAUCAACAAACCACUGCGAGUAACAUCUACACAGCCUUCACUUGACUCGCGACAGGAGCAACCUUUUUUUUAAACAGCGCAAAUCAUGUCCGCCAACGCGUCGGCAGCGCCCUCGAGGCAAACAACAAUGGCGAGCACCGCCAGCGAUGACUUGGCCAUUCCCGAGUUCGAUCCCAACAGCACCGCCGGUGUUCUCGUCGAGCGUCUCCGGGCAUGGAAGCACGCCGUCGCCUACCUCGAAGACUACGUCGAGGCUGUUGAGAAGAUUCACCAUUCUCAAGCCAAGGAAUAUGAGAAGGUCUUGAAGACCAUUUCCCACCCCCUGAGGGAAGGGGAUCACUUCUCCCAAAUUGCCACCAAUGUCACCGGUGUCGCGACCAUGUUCGAGGUUCUGCGCGCCAAUACCCAGGGCAUGAUCAACAGCAACCUCGAGACACAGAAGAAACUCAAGGAGACCGUCCUCCACGACCUGAAGGGCUUGCACCACGAAAUCAAGGACUAUUCCAAGAGGCUCUCGAACAGCCUGAACAAGGGCGCUAAGGCGGUCGAGAAGUCCCGCAACACGACUCAAAAGCAUAUCGAGCUGCUCGGCCAGCACGUUGCCUCAUUCGGGGCGAGCGGCGCCGAGAUCACUCCGGCCGAUGAUCCUUAUGUUCUUCGCCAAGGCGUCAUCUACCGCCUCCACAACCAGAUUCAAGAUGAAAACAAUCAUCGCACCGAACUCAUCACCGCCCAAGCCCAGUUCAAGGAAUUUGAGGUCAAAGUCGUUAAGUGCAUCCAAAAGGCCAUGGAGGACUUGAACACACUCGCUGGUGGCCAUGCCGAGCAGAUUCGUGGUCUAUACGCCCAAGUGCUCCAAACCUCCCAGAACAUCCCGCCCGAGUUUGAGUGGCAGGAAUUCCGGGCCCGCAGGGCCGACGUUCUCGUCAACGAGAACGAACCGCCUCGUGAACUCGGCCACUUGCUCCCCUUGGUUCCCAACGUCGAUAACCCCUCUACCAAGGCGCUCAUCGAGGGCUCGCUUGACCGCAAGUCUCGCAACAAGCUCUCGUGGGGCUACAGCACUGGCUACUACGUAGUUACCCCUGCCAGGUACCUUCAUGAGUUCAAGGACAACGACCCCAAGCGCAAGGACCCCCAGCCCGAACUCAGCAUUUACUUGCCCGAUGCCAUCAUCGGUGCCCCCAACGGCGAGAAGUUCCACGUCAAGGGCAAGGACAAGUCCAAGGGCCUCACCAGCAAGUUGGCGGGCACCUCGGAGUUGCAAUUCAAGGCCCACAGCGCCGCGGAAGCUCAGAAGUGGUUCGAAGUCAUUAGGAAUGUCACCGGCGCUCUUGGUCCUGGCGUAGCCACCCCCGUCACCACUCCCACCCCGGACACCGAGGACAAGAAGCUCGAGGCUGCGACCAACAACCUGACUCUGAACGAGGCCCAGAAGACUGGUGUGGUUGCCAGCCCGACCAACAUUUCGCCCGUUGACACCAAGGCUCCGGUUGCCGCCGCUCCUCCUGCUUAUGCUAAUGCGGGUGACGCGAAGGUGCCUGUUGCUGCCCCCGCGGCCGCGGCUCCUGAAAAGGGUGCUUUGCCUAACUAGUAGAACGGCAGCAGCCAUUCCAUUCAGGUACAAGUCGGGUCUGACGACCAUGAUGAUGAUAAAAAUCGAGACAAAAAGCAACAAGAACUGAUGUGUUACGCCGAAAGAAAGAAAACAACAACCACGCCAUGGAAUUGAAAACGACAUGCUCGCCGACGUUGGGUUGGUUGGUUGGUUGGUCG